GCUAUCAAACGACCAGCAGCCCGCGAGGAGCCCGAGGAAACACCCGCCAAAAAAGCCAGGGAGACCCCGAAGGAUGAAGAGGAGAAGCAAGAGGAGGAGGAGCAGGAACAAGAGGAAGAGCCCGAAAAAGCACCGGAGAAAAGCCCUGAACCGCCCGAGCCGGACGCAAAGCUCGCGAAGGUGAAAGACCUCUGGCGACCUCGCUUCGAAGCACUGGCCAAGAAGGACACCCG